AACUCUUUUGGCGGGAAAAAGAAACCAUUGUUUGUUGGACUCUUCCCUUUAUAGAGUUUUUUUUUUCUUCAUAGUUCAAUUUGGCAAUCUUGUUUUUCUUCUUUAAUUACUGGGUUUAGGGUUUGAUCAAGAAGAUGAAACACCUUGAUCGGAUUCUAAAGGAGUUAGAAGAAUGUAACACGGAACAAGACUCCUCGGGCAUUACGCUCUCGCUGAAACCAGACAAUCUCACUCGCUUGGUUGGCAGCAUCGCCGGUCCCCUCGGCACUCCUUAUGAAGGAGGCUCCUUUCAGAUCCAUAUCGCAUUGCCUGGUGCAUACCCAUACGAACCUCCCCGAAUGAAGUUUAUUACCAAAAUUUGGCACCCGAAUAUUAGCAGUCAAAGUGGGGCGAUGUGCCUGGAUAUAUUGAAGGACCAGUGGAGCCGUGGAGUCCGUCUUAAAACGGCUCUUCCUUCCGUCCAAGCUUUGCUUUCUGCUCCUGAACUCCGUGAUCCUCAAGAUGCUCUAGUAGCACGACAGUAUAUUUGUAAGUAUCAGACAUUCAUCGAUACAGCUCGUUCCUGGACAGAAAAUUUUGCCAGGGUGUCUUCUUUAGGGGUUGAGGAAAAGACGGGAACAGAUGAAACGGCUUGUCGAAAUGGGUUUUGCCGAUGAUUUGGUGAGAAGUAGUCUGGCAGCCAUUGGCGGUGAUGAAGGCUAAGCUCUUGAAGGACUUUUGACCUGGUGAUCUGUGGUGGAGCUGCCAACUUAGUAAAUUUUCAUCUACCGAGUGAAUCUGAAUACUAUAGAUUACACAGGAUUAUAUUUGAAUAAAAGCUGUUAAGUAUUGUCUGAGGUUAUGAGACUUUGCUUAUCAACUUUUGCUGGAUUACAUGGUGUUAAAGUUUGCUUUCUUGAAUGAUUACUUGCGUGCUAAGUCUCAUGAUCA